GCCAAGUCUCCGUAGAUAGUGAUCAACAACAAAAACCAUUUUGGAGCCAGCAGAAAUCAACGGAAAGCCCGAACAGCAACAAGAUGAAUAUGUUCGCAUCGAGAUCUCUCCGCUCGUUUGCGCGCAACGCCAAUUGCAGAAUUUCAACAAAUGCUAUAUGGCAGCAUAAUAUCUCUACUACUACGACUACGACUAUGACUACCGGUACUAUCGGCACCUCGCCUGUCACGGCCGCGGCCGGUAUGGGAAGAAGAGGAGAGCUAAGUGGCGCGUUCCGCAGCGGACGGGCCUGUCGAAGCUUGACUACGGGACAUGUGAAGCAGAGACAAGUCCCACCCCCAAUGUCCUCCUCCCCCCCACCCAUCCAAGUCCUCGCUCUAGCAUUCCAAGGCCUCAACAUCCUCGACCUAACCGGCCCCGCCGAAGUCUUCGGCAAUUCCGCCCUCCGACCCGCCUUCAACCUCACCAUCGCAUCCGCAACUCCCCAGAAUCCCCGCGCAACAAAAAGCGCCGAGGGCGUAACCAUCGCCUCAGACACAUCAUUUCAGCAUCUUCUGCAAGAAAAUGCUGCGCAGUUGGCGCGCUAUGAUAUUCUUGUGGUGCCCGGUGCUCCGCCCGAGGAUAUUGAAUGUGCGUUGAAGAAUGAUUCGGGGUUAUUGGAGGUUGUGAAGACGUUUGCGGGAUUACCUCCCAAGGCGACGGCGGUUCAGAAGCAGGGAGAAGGAGAAGUAGCAGCGAAAGAUCGUUGGUUGUUUUCGAUUUGUACGGGAGCGGCGUUUUUGGGGACGGAGGGUGUACUGGGGAAGAAGAAGGCGACGACGCAUUUUGCCUAUCUCCCUAUUUUGGAGGAGAUGACGGAGAAAGCGGGCGCGCCGGCUGAGGUGGUGAGGAAGCGGUGGGUGGAUGCGGGAAGGACGGAGUCUGGGGUCCGAGUGGUGACUUCGGGGGGAGUGAGUUGUGGGAUUGAUGCUGCGUUGUGGAUUUUGAGCCAUCAGGUGGGAUUGGAAAAGGCGAAGGAGGUGGCGGAGAUUAUGGAUUAUGAUUGGAAAUUUGGGGAAAAUGGGUUUACGAAGGAGUGGAUUGUAUGA